AUGAAGUCAUUAAAAACCAAGUCAACCAACGUGAACGGAAGUAGCAGCCAACCUUCUAAUAAUCGUCCUCACUACUCUUCAUCCACAAAUUGGGCAGAUGAUGAGUAUGCUCAAGUGAUAGAGGGUGUUAAAAAGAUUUACAAGACAAAGAUAAAGCCUUUAGAAGUGACAUACAAUUUUGAAGGAUUUCAUUCUGCACCCUUGACGGAUUCAGAUAUUGAAGCAAAACCCAUGGUGUUGCUCAUCGGCCAGUACUCGACUGGUAAAACGACCUUUAUUCGGUACUUGCUUGAUAAAAAAUAUCCUGGUGAGCAUAUCGGUGUCGAGCCUACUACAGACCGAUUUUUAGCUGUCAUGAAUGGUGGUGAAGAUCGUAUAAUCCCUGGUAAUGCUGCUGCUGUCAACCAGGAUUUACCUUUCCGUGGUCUCAAUCAUUUUGGACAAGCAUUUUUAUCUCGAUUUCAAGUCUCAGAGACUCCUUCGCCUGUCUUGGAAAAUAUGACAUUGAUUGAUACACCAGGUAUCUUGGCAGGCGACAAGCAGAGAAUCGAGCGAGGUUAUGACUUUACUCAAGUCAUCGAAUGGUUUGCACAGCGUGCCGAUUUGAUCCUUCUAAUGUUUGAUUCAUACAAAUUGGAUAUCUCUAAUGAGUUCAAGAUGGCGAUUCAUAGUUUACGAGGCCAAGAAGAAAAAAUCCGUGUUGUCUUGAACAAGAGUGACAUGGUCAGUCAACAGCAACUUAUGCGAGUGUAUGGCGCCAUGAUGUGGUCUCUAGGAAAGGUCGUUCAAACACCUGAAGUGAUGCGUGUGUACAUUAGCUCGUUUUGGACAGAAAAGCCCAGUAAUUGCUUUGAAGAUUGUCGUGAAUUGAUCGAAGCCGAGUCAAGAGACUUGCUGAGGGAUCUAAAAGAACUCAGACGAAAUGCAGCCAUUCGUAAAGUGAAUGAGAUUGUCAAACGAGCUCGACUGGCCAAGGUACAUGCUUUGAUUAUCAGUCAUCUCAAAAAAGAAAUGCCAUCCAUGUUUGGCAAAAAAAAGAAACAAGAGGCGCUUCUCAAGAACCUCGACCAAGUGUUUAUCAAGAUCCAAAACAAACAUCAUCUCCCCGCUGGCGAUUUCCCAAACCCAGAAAAAUUCAAGCAAAACCUUGCAUUAUAUGAUAUGGACAAAUUCAAGUCGUUAAAGGAAGACUUGAUUGCCAGAGUGGAUGAUGCCCUUGCUGUCGAUCUGCCUCGAUUGAUGUCUCGGUUCCCAAUGGGCAACCCUGAGCUGGACAAGUCUCAGAUCAACCCGUUCGCUCAACCUAAUGUCGACGCAGAAGUCGUCAAGAACGGACAGCUGCCACCUUCCUUUUGGGAUUACACUCAACUGGACAAGAAUAGCUAUAUGCCUAUUUUCCAGUCCUUACGGCCACGUGAUGGUCUGGUCUCAGGUGCAAGCGUCAAGCCUGUGCUCGAAGAAAGCGGAUUGCCUACAGAAACACUGGCUCAAAUUUGGCGACUUGCGGACUGGGAUAGUGAUGGCUACAUGGAUGCAGAUCAAUUUGGCGUGGCAUUGCAUCUCGUUAAGGCAGUCGAAUUAGGCGCACAGUUGCCUGAUAAAUUGCCCGCUUCAAUGAUUCCUAAUCGAAAGAUCUAA